GGGAAAUAUUUUCACUUGGUGCCAUCUGAAUUGGGAUUUAUUUUCCCUUUUUUUCCACAUUCAAAGCGGGGUGGCAGAGAGAUUUCAUCGACAAAAUUGUUAUCCAGAUUCUUCAAUAGUUUCCGGCGAUUCACAUCUCACACAAGGGAUUUGCUCUUAUGUGGAAGUAUAUGGGAAUGAGACUGUGCCCCUCUAAUAGGAUAAUGAUUAGUUUCUUCCUGAUUAAAUGAGAUCAGGGUAAUCAAUGAACCAGCUGCCUUUCAUGGGAUUUGGUUCCAGCAUCCAACCUACCAAUGGAUGAUUAAACUCUUUAAGAACUGUAGCAUGCUUCUUCUGGUACAUUCUGAUGAAGAAUGGCUUUCAAGGUUUUGGGUUAUUUCUUGAUGGUCUAUCCAAGGAUAUUGGUGAAUUUGCAUUGGAGAGCAAUCACGUUGAUUCGAUUAUGCUAGCACUUUCAGAAAAGUAGAAGGAUAGUCAAGAACUCAUCAUUAGCAGGAUUUCAGUAUUGAGGGGAUGGAUUGCAUUAAGGAUGAUGCCUCUAAGGCCAAGCAGAUUGCUGAGAAAAAGUUCGCAGAGAUGGACAUUGCGGCCGCAGUUAAAUUUGCCUUGAGGGCUCACAGCUUGUAUCCCAGCCUCGAUGGUCUUCCACAAUUUAUUGCAAAUCUGAAUGUUUACUUGUCCGCGGAGAAAAGAAUUGAUGGAUGCAUUGAUUGGUACAGGGUCCUUGGUGUGGAUCCAUUGGCUGAUGAAGAAACCAUUAGGAAACAUUAUAGAAAUCUGGCACUCAUUCUUCAUCCUGACAAAAACAAAUCAAUUGGUGCAGAUGGGGCUUUUAAAAUUGUAUCUGAAGCUUGGAGCUUGUUGUCUGACAAAACCAAAAGAGAAGCAUUUGACCAGAAGCGGAAUAUAAGAGGUAUGGCUAUGAAGUCCACUGAAAUUAGGUCAUCAGUUCCAAUUGUUCGGAAUGGUUUCCAUAAUCUCUCCCCCAAUAAUAAUUCGAAUAGAUGGCAUUGGAGAAGUGAUGAUGAGGUCCUUUCUGCUCCAGCUUCUCAUCCAGUGAAACCCACGUUUUGGACAAUUUGCAAUUCAUGCAAGGUGCAUUUUGAGUAUCUCAGAUCUUAUCUUAAUCAUAAUCUUGUUUGUCCUAACUGCUGCAUAUCCUUUUUGGCUGUUGAGAACCCAGCACCACCGUUCAAUCUGAAUCCGCCAUCCUCUCCACGGACUUUCAACAAUCAGCAACAGGCUUCCAGUGCAUACAGCCAUUUCAAGAAAUCAUUUAGUGUGGAAAAGACAGAGUUUUCUCCUAGAGGUGUGGAUGCAGGAGGAUAUAGUAGUACCAAUUCCAUGCGUAAAUCUUUUCAGUCUGGUACAUCAUGUAAGCACAGAGCAGCUGGAAGUAUGAAAACAUCAGCUUCUUCAGCAGCUAAAGCUUUUAGUUUCUUCAAACCAUCAUCUCCAAAGAUGAAUAUGGGGCAUAAAGAUGGCAAAUUGGCAGCUAAGGAAGUGGAGUCUUCUCUGAGAGAAGAUCACGCUCCCGACAAAGGGGAUGGUGGUUUUGCCUCUACAUCCUGCAAUGACAGUGCCUGUUCUGCACACAAAGGAGAUAGACCAAAGAAAAAAAGACGCAAAACAGGGCAUAAAAUGUCAGGUAGCAUCAGAGACUUUCUUAAACAAAUGGAAAUAGAAAAUGGAGGGAUUAUAAAGGAGAGUAGCGGGUCCCAAAAAUAUAGCUUUGAAGGAAGGAGGUCAAUCACUGGAAAAUUUAGAUCUGCUAAUACAAGGGAGCUUUCCCAGCUGGAAUUGCGACAGAUGUUGAUGGGGAAGGCUAGGAAUGAAAUCCACAAGAAGCUUAAUGAAUGGAAAGCAGACGUGUCAUCGACUAUUUUGCAAAAGACAGAGAAUUCUAACAAGGAUCUUUUUGAAGAGAAAGAGGGGAAAAGUGUUGUUCCAAAUGGUAUGAAAUCCAGUAAAUAUUUAAAUACUGUGUGUCGUAAAGAUGAAUUGGGGACCAAAUAUCCUUUACCUCCAAGUUCUGGUGAGCGUCCAGACACCAAGGCUUCUGAAUCUUUCUCCAUGAGCGUUCCUGAUCCAGAUUUUCACGAUUUUGACAAGGAUCGUGCGGAAAAAUCGUUUGGUAGUAAUCAGGUUUGGGCUGUUUAUGACGAUGAUGAUGGUAUGCCCCGAUAUUAUGCCAUGGUUCGUAAAGUUAUAUCGUUAAAACCGUUCAAAAUGAGAAUCAGUUGGCUUAAUUCCAAAAGUAACACUGAACUGGCCCCAUUGAACUGGAUUGGUUGUGGAUUUCCGAAGACGAGUGGGGAUUUCUGGAUCGGUAAGCAUGAAGAUUAUGGCUCUCUCAAUUCGUUCUCACACAAGGUUAAGCAGGUAAAAGGCAAGAGAGGAGCUAUUAGAAUAUUUCCUAGUAAAGGAGAUGUGUGGGCGCUAUAUAGGAAUUGGUCUCCUGAUUGGAAUGAGCUUACCCCAGACGAUGUUAUACACAAAUAUGACAUGGUGGAAGUCCUUGAGGAUUACAAUGAAGAUAGAGGGGUUGCUGUUGUUCCAUUAGUUAAAGUUGUUGGAUUCAAGACUGUGUUUCAGCAGCACAUCGAUCCAUCAAAGAUCCAGAAUAUUCCCAGAGAAGAAAUGUUUCGAUUUUCUCACCAGGUCCCUUCGUGCUUGCUUACUGGUCUUGAAGGUCAAAAUGCUCCUUCUGGUUGCUGGGAGCUCGAUCCGGCUGCAACGCCUUUGGAACUUCUUCAAGUUGCCAAGGAAGCUGAAAUAGAACUAGAAGAAGCGAUUCAGAGCGCUGAACAGGCUACGGAUGGGCAUCCACUUGAGGAUACAAAAACUGCUAAAGUAGCAAACCUUGAGAAUAAUGUAGAAACGACUAUGAAAGAUCUUAAAGUUAAGGAUAAACUGAUGAUGCAUAAUGGAAAUAAGACAAAAGUUCAAAAGAUGAUGGUGUAUAGCCGGAAGCGGUUCCGGGGAAAAGUGGCAAUUGGUGCCGAGUUAUCAGCACAUUAGAAAACUUUUGAGAAGUUGUUCUCAGAUGAACAUAUACCAUAGACAUGAGGAUAGCAGCAGCACAGGGCCAUACACAGUACAGCUUCUAAGCACCAAUCCUCCAGCCUAAACCUUGUUUUGAUUUUAUUUUGUUCAUUUUAUUCGUCUCCUCGACCGACCGUGAGAGAUAUUAAUUGGCGAUACAUGCGGAGAAGUAUUUCUUUAGUCUAGUUUUACUCUCUCUGCAGUGUUUGGGCUAUACAAUUUUGUCUAGUUUUUGACACCCUCAAUACUAAUUUCAGCUUCAGUUCUGUGGGGAGCUCGGAGAGUGUUGGAAAAGGCAGUUUCCUUUGGCUUUGAUGGACCACAUGGUAUAUGGCAUCGUAGCUCCAGAGUGAUAGGCUAAUUUAACUGUUUGCUCCAAAAGAUGUAAUUACUUUUACUUGUACAUUCGAGGGCCAUUAUAUCACCCAGUACAAUAUUCACUCUUUUUAAUGAUAAAUCCAGUUCGUGCAAAUCUGAGUUGUUGGAUAUACAUAUAUCUGGAUGGUGCAUGGCUCUUGAUUUCCUUUACAAAAUUCUUGCUUCCCUGCCUGGCUGCCUACAGAGAAUGCAGCUCGAAGUCAAAUGAUCCGAAGAGAAAAGGAAUAUAUGUUAAUUGUGGAAAGGUGUUUAUAGUUCCAUUUUGAUUGUUGCCUCUCAUAUGUUUUUUGUGUGAUGGGGUAGUAGGAAUGGAAUAUAUAUGAUGAUCUGUCUGAGGAGAUUGAAAUAGACUUCACAACCUCACAGUGUGUUUGACUGGAAGAAUCCAAAUCUGAUCUGUUGAGAAAGAAGGCUAAAUCGUAGAUUAUGGAAGAGGUACAUUCUUAUUCUCUUGGGUUCAUUUAACGUUGCAGGAAAAUGAAGGGCGCAUAAUAUGUGGUCUGCUUUCCAAAGCAUCAACAACUGGGUACGCACUUUGACUGACUGAAUUAAUGUGUGAAAUUUUGUUGGUUGUUCACAGUUCAUUCUUAGAGCUUUCUAGAAAAUAGAUUAUAAAGGGCACUGAAUAAUGGAUGGUUGGUUUAUUGCGUUGAAGUGUGUGUGUGUGUGUGCUGAUACUGAAAUACAAGAGAAGUGGUUUGAAAAUAAAGAGGGAAAUAGAGAGAAAGAAGUGAGAAGUGAGUGGGCAUGUGGUUAAAGAAAAGGCAUUGUCUGCCGCAAUGCCAAACCUACUUUUGGCCACUGGACAACUUGUACAGCUUCUUGCAGAAACUUCUUCGGGGCUUUUGGGGGCUCAACACUUUUCUUUUUCUUUUUCUUUUUCUUUAAUUAAACCAGGAAAAG